CUAGGCCAAUCGGAUCGUUCGUUCCGUCCGUCGGUCGGGCAUCCGUCGAUAGAUUUGCAUAUUUUUAUUUUUAUUGUUUAGAAAAAGGUUCAAUCAUAUUUUCUAAUCCAUACCUAGUAAUUUAUUAAAUAUAAAUUCACUAAAAAGUGAUUAAUUCGUGCAAUAUACCAUAGUUCGUUUUGUUUCGUAAAUUCACCGAUGUGUAUUCAUCGGACUGUGAUGAAAUGUCAAAAAUUUUCGUGGAUUGGUGCCAAUGGUCAUGAAAUUUUUCUCCCGUGAAAAUUUUGUGAUGAAAGUGCAUUUGUGAACUAUUGUUAGUGUUGAAUUUUGCACAGAUGGUGUGUUAUUGUGCGUUUCCUAGUGAAUACUUGACUGUGACAGUUGCGUGAUUAUACACAUUUUGAGAAAGUGAAGGGUCUUGGCGAUUGGUGAUAGACAGGUGAAUCGAGGGACAUGAGUUCCCCGCCGCCCGUGCAGCUGGAGGUGGAGGUCGUGGACGAGUCCAUGGAGGACGAUGCCUCCGACAUGCGGCCGACAGACAGGUUCACUCUGCUGGCCCGCGCAGACGCCGUGGUGGAGCUGUGGCGCUCCAAGAUGGAGGAGGGGGCGCUCAAUGGGUCCAACUUCCUCGACCACUGGCGCGUCACCGUGCCCAGGAUAUACUCCCCCCAACCGAACAGGACAUGCUUAGACUGGAACUUCGACGAAGUGUUGGCAGCCAAGCUCCUCAUCCAGCCGCUGGAGCAGUUCGUAUGGGGCAACAGCGACGGGUCGCAGCCGCCACUGCCGCGCCGCUCCACGCUCUGCGGCCGCGUCUUCAAGCAGGGAGACCCGGCUUAUAGCUGUAGAGAAUGCGGUAUGGAUAACACAUGCGUGCUAUGCGUGGAGUGCUUCAAGGUGUCCGCGCAUCGGCACCACAAGUACAAGAUGGGCCAGUCGAGCGGCGGCGGCUGCUGCGACUGCGGCGACACCGAGGCCUGGAAACGGGAGCCCUUCUGUGAACUACACGCGGCAUCGGAGGAUGACAACCAAGCCGAAGCGACGAUUAAACCUGAAGUUAUCCAGCGCAUGAAGAUCGUCGCGUCUGUCUGUCUUACUUACUGUCUCCGUCUGUUGACGCACGACCACGCACCCUGCCUGCCUAAUGACCUCAGGUUAAAGGAUGCUGAGAGGGAUCUUCUUCAGAUACUCGACCAGCCAGACUGUUACUGCACUGUUCUCUACAACGACGAGACUCACACGUUCGAUCAGGUAAUAACGACUCUAGUACGUGUAACGAAGUGCAACCAGCGCGAGUCGUUGGACCUGGUCAGUCUGAUCGACCGCGAGGGCCGCGCCCUCGUCAAGUGCAACUCGUUCCAAGUGUGCGACAAACUCAAGACUGACAUCGAGAUCUGUACGGCGAUGUUCGAAAGGUUCACGUCCCGCCACGGGCCCAGCCUCAAGGUGCUCGUCAUGCACGCCCACGUCAUCGCGCAUCAGACCUUCGCUAUGAAACUGUUGCAUUGGCUCCAGAACUUCGUGAGCCAGGAGCCGAGCCUCCGCCUGGCGGUGAGCCAGGUGGCGCUGGGCGAGGACGUGUGGGGCGCGGCGGGCGCGGCGCCGGGCGGCGGCGGCGUGGCGGCCGGCGUCAUGCAGAACGACGCGCGCAUGUGGAAGGCGGCGCGCACCGCCUGGCAUCGCCUGCUCAUCGCCACCACGCUCAUGGACUACACCACCAAGCGGGCCAUGGCUACGCUCUUCACUAAGAAUUAUGGAUCGAUCCUCAAGGACUUCAUCCGCGACGACCACGACCACUCGUUCUCCAUAUCCUCGCUGUCAGUACAGCUGUACACGACGCCGACUCUUGCGCAUCAUCUGAUCGCCAAGCACGACGCCCUGUUCGUAGUCAUGAAUACCUUCGUCAGCGAGUGUAAUAGGAGGUGUAAUAAUGGUCGUCUAGAAUUCGACCGUAAUCACGUGCCCGUAGCGUUCAAACGCGCACAGUUCAUCCUAUACGAUGUGAAGUACCUCCUGAGUUCAGUGCCCACGACCUUCAACGAUGAUCUGCGCAAAGGCUUCAUGCACGGCAUCUCUUUGAUGCUGAAUCUGCUCGUCAUGAUGCAGGGAAUGGACUCCGUUGUCAGACAGGUGGGCCAGCACAUGGAGUACGAGCCGGAGUGGGAGUCCGCCUUCAACCUGCACGUGAAGCUGGCGCACAGCAUCACGCUGUCGCUGGAGUGGUGCGCGGCAGAGAAGGCGCUCGCGGCCGCCGUGUACCGCAUGGCGCUGCGCAAGCACGCAGAGACCUACACGCCGCCCAACAAGGUCGUGCGCGAACUUGGUAACCAGAGCGCUUCAGUGAUUCCCUACGACGUUUCAUCGGAAGCGGUGUCUAUACAUCGGCCUCUGUCGCGAUACAUCGCCGGUCUACACCUAUUGCUGCACCAACACGGCCUUUCAUACCACUCCAAGGAGUUUGACAGACAGGAUAGGCCGAAACCUAGCCCUGAGGAGCUCAUAGAGCCAGUCCUUCAAACGAUGGCCAUGAUAGGCCAAGUCCACGCCGGCAUGUGGCGACGUAACGGCUUCGCUCUCAUCAACCAGCUCUAUUUCUACCAGAACGUUAAGUGCAGGGCUGAGAUGCUGGACCGGGAUAUUGUCAUGUUGCAGAUCGGCGCUUCCUUGAUCGAGAGCAACGAGUUCAUAAUCCACGUGUUGAACAAGUUCAACUUGUUGGACUGGGCGGCCGCCGACUUCGAACAGCGCAGGAUCGAGGACGACACCCUCAGGCAUACCAUCAGCAUGCUGGAGGAGUUCCUAGGAUUGCUCAUAACUAUCGUGGGGUCCCGCUACGUGCCCGGCGUGGGCGAGGUCACCAAUGAGGAUCGUACCAAGAAGGAGAUCAUUCAGAUGCUGUGCGUCAAGCCGAUGCCGCACUCUGAACUAAACAGAUCGUUACCAGAGAACCAGCUACACGAAACCGGCUUAGAAGCCGUGAUACACGAGGUCGCUGACUUCGUGAAGCCGUCCGGUGGCAACAACCGCGGCUUGUACAAGCUCAAGCCGCACCUCUACGAUGAGUACGACACGUUCUUCUAUCACUACACGAGGGAGGAGCUGUCGCGCAGCGAGGAGGAGCAGCGGACCAGGAGGAAGGCUGCUGGGCUCCCGGAGUGCUGCCCGCCGCCGGCGCUGCCGCGGCUGUCGGGCGCGUUCCGGCUGCUCGCCAACCUGCUGCAGAGCGACGCCGCGCUGCACGUGCUGCGCGCCGUGCUGGAGCGCGCGCUCGACCUGCGCGCGCGCUCCUUCUCCGAGACGCAAGUGCACAAGGCUCUACACCUGAUGGGCUACGCGCUACGCGACGAGGAGAGCGGCCACUACGAGUUCCUGGCGUUCGCGGAGAGCGCGGCGCGGGCGGGGCUGCUGCCGCUGCUGCAGCGGCUGGCCGCCAGCCCGCGCGUGGACGCGCACCGCCAGCUGGCCCGAUGGGUGCGGAACAAGAUCAGAACUCUUCUGGGCCAAAAUGACGAACACAUCGGCGAUGGCGAGAGCAUGGACACCGACCAGGAAGAGAAACCCGCCACGGACGAAGCCGCGGAAGCGGAAAAGACUCGUCGCGCGAAACUAGCGGCGGAACGUCGUGCCAAAGUCAUGGCGCAGAUGCAAACGCAGAUGAACAACUUCAUCUCGAACAACGCUACGCUCUUUGAGGAGACUACUACAGAGGUGACGGCGGAGGAGCAAGAGUUGCGGCCGCUGUACUGCGGCGCGGCGCUGGGAGUGUGGGGAGGGGGCGUGCCCGAGCCGCCCAGGGUCUGCAUCAUGUGUCAGGAGGAGGCCCGCGUAGACAUAAAGACGGAGCCGCUGGUGCUGGUGGCCUUCGUCCAGGAGUCGAGCGUGCUGAACAGGCUCCGCGAGAAGGGGUCGGGGCGCGUGCCCGCCUGCUGGCGCGACAGCUGGCUGCCCGCCGGCCUGGGCCUGCAGCCGCACGUGUCCAGCUGCGGGCAUGCGCUGCACGCCGCCUGCUGGAGGAACUACGUCGACAACGUGCAGGACAAGGAAAACAGGAGGCCCUACCGCGGUAGACAACCGGCAGCUUUUGACGUCGAGAAGAAAGAGUACUUAUGUCCCCUCUGCGAGCGACUGUGCAACACCGCCCUCCCACUGCUACCCGCGCCCGCCAUGCCCUCAGGAAUCCCACCACCUCUCACCGAAGAGACCUACAACGAAUCCGUCAACUUAAUCCUCAAACUGAAACACCAAGUGAAAUCCGAAGCUCUGCACAUCUGUACGGAGUUCUGUGAGGAGAUGCACUGCCAGGCUCGCGCCAGGAGUGUGGGCGCGAUGUCCUCGGACAUGGAGGAGGGGGAGACGGCGGACGAGACCGAGGUCUAUGUGUCCACGCACGCGGAGAACCUGCUGCCGCCGGAGUUCCUCGCGCACUUCGAAGGGGAAAUACCUCCCUAUAAUGAAAUGACCAAGGCGCUCAUCGAAGACUUUGCUAACGUUCUACCCAUAUCGGAAUACGGCGGCAUGGUAGCGAGCGCCGCCCUCUACCGCUCCACAUCCUACACUAUCUUCAGCACAAACGCCGUCCUCCAAGCCGAGAACCGGCCUCUACUAGGCGACCUGCCGGCCCGACACAGGGACACGCUACAAGCGCUCAUCCGCCUCGCGGCCGCCCUGCCCUCCGUCUGGUCACACCCCAAACACUUGGCACACCACGCGCUCAGCACCCUCAACGCCUUAGAAAGCACCUCCCCACUCGCUCACGAACCCUUCGGCACCUUAGUAUCCUUAGUCCUCACAGCGCCAUCCCUAUUCUGCAAGGUCGCGACCCCGGCCCGACCUAACAACCUCGCCAAACAGAUCACGUUACAGUGCUUCAGAGCAACCCUAGCGAGAGCACUUCUCGUAACCGACGUCUCAACAUGCAAGAGCCAACCAAUGGAAGGCCAAGAAGACUUCAAGAGUAUAUCAGACCUAGACGGCCUCCUACCAUUCAUGAAAGAACUGCGUAGAGGGACACAAGAAGACGAUUUGAAUCCUCUAGAAGUUUGGCAGACGAUUAAGGGUCAGUGUCACACAUUCUUGCGAUGCUGUUGUCUCUUCUACCACUUCUUAAGUGACAUUAGCGCACCGACGGAAUUAACGGUGGUCAACGGUGAUACUUGGGAAACUUUGUGUAGUUACUUAGGCCUGCCCAUGACGUACAAGGAGUUGGUGGAUGUCCCCACCACGAAACAGAAGAUGAUGGAGUGGGUGGGACUCUCCACCGAGUGGUUUAACGGUGAAGUGCCCGCGCAUGUGGUGCGGGAACCCAGCGAACCACCGCGAUUGAUACCACUACCAGAUGACUUCUCAGAGCUGAUGAAUAGGGUAUCGGAGUUCUCGUGUCCUCACUCGGAGAGGGAAGACAGUAAGAAGCCGACGAUGUGCCUGGUGUGCGGAGAGAUACUUUGCUCACAGAGCUAUUGCUGCCAGACUGAUAUACCUAAGUCGGGUCGCAGCGGCGAGACCCAGCGCGUGGGCGCAGUCCUGGCGCACUGCCUGUCGUGCGGCGGCGGCGCGGGGCCCUUCCUGCGCGUGCGGGACUGCGAGCUCAUGCUGCUGGCCGCGCCCGCGCGCGGGGCCAAGCUGCCCGCGCCAUACCUCGACACCUACGGGGAGGCCGACCAGGGUCUCCGGCGCGGCAACCCGCUGCACCUGUGCCCCGAGCACUACGAGACCCUCCGCAUGCUGUGGCUGAGCCACGGCCUGCACGAGCGCAUCGCGCGCUCGCUCGACACCAACGUGCUCAUGAUCACCACCUGGCAGAACUUGUGAUCUAGCGACACCUGCCCCUAGGCAAACACGUUGCCCAUGUCUUAGCCUGUUCACGCUCGACGACAUGCCUGACCUUGGCGACAUGUCCAGCACCAACAACUACUCGGCCAGUCUAGCGACCGACUAGUUGGAGCGACGAACCGUGGUUCCGUACCCAAUUGAUUUGGCACAAAAACAAUAUAGUUUAAUCACUGUGAUUUUUCUCUUAGUUACUUUGUUUUGAUUGAUUAACCAAUGAUUUUUAUUAUAGAUCUAACAUAGAAAUUUAAUCAUUAUUUUUACGUACCCCUCCCAUUUUUAGAUAUAAAGAAAUGUCUGUUAAUCUCGUUUUUUUUAUAUUCAAAAGAAAUCUUUUGAGUGUUUCGUGACGUGAUUUUGUGAAAUGAUUGUUUAGAGAUGGUGUCUAAAGUAGGCUUGUUUGCACCUGUAAAGGUUAACGGAUACCCUUUCAAAAUCUAAGUUUAGUAAGACUUUUGAUGGUGCAAUUUAGCCUCACUAUGUAGGAACAUAGAUAAAUGUAAAAUAACCAAUCCUUUUCCCAAAAGAUGUUUGUUUUCAACAUCUUACAAGACCCUGAACAUGUUUUUGAACUUUUGUGUUAGGCGUUAGAAGAACACAGUCUCGUGACCUUAAAAAUACAUUUUAUAGUUUCCAUGGUUUAUAAAGUCUCCCAAAACCUCCAAAAAGCGAUGCAAGUAUUUUAUAUACGACCCUACAAAUAAGCUAAACCAUCCACCACUAAACGCUAGACCAACAGGCCGGUCAGUUUUAAAACGACAUUUAAGAGGUAUCCGUGACCGUUAUCGGUCAAUGAAUCAAGGUCUCUGCACAGGCAAAAGAUCUAAAAAUAUAUAAACUGCUUAUCAACAGUCGUCCGUGUAUUGAAUUUUUGGGUCUAUGUGAUGGUAAGUUCUAGGAUGCUUGCAUCGCCACAUGCAGCAAUAAACUUUGCCACAGACUGUAGAUUCAGUUGAUCGUAUAUUUGAUAAACUUCAAUUGAAACAUUACCCUCCUUUCUCAGUCAGUCGGUUAAAAAAUGUAAACGCUCAAAGAAUUUGAAGUGACAUCGAUAGGUUUGAACGAGCGAUUGCUGUUGUGAAUUAGUUUUAUAAUGUUUAAUAUUUGCACUAACUUUGAUGAAAUUUAGCUUGUGUUCAACCAUUUUAUGGCUAAAUUGCUGAACUGUUUUUGAGGAAAUCUUAGAAACUUAAAUAAAUGAAGUUUGUCCUCAGUUCAGUACUGUUAUGCUUAAUAAUUAUUUACAUUAUCAAGAGUAGUGCAAUAAUUAAACAGAACAUUUUGUCUCGCGUGUUAUUUUUUUAGUUUUACUUAAAUUUAAUGUUGAUUUAAAUAUUAUAUAGUUAUUAAAGAGAUUCCUAACAUAUAAACAUAGAUAUUAUGCAGCUUACAUUUGAAAUGUAUAGAAAUUACUUCCGACUUACAUUAAACGGGGUAUGCAGAAA